UCCAGCCUCUCCUUCCUCCGAGCGAGGCGGGGCGAGCGUGGGAGAGCGAAGGCGCGAGAUCCAGGAAGGUCCGGAACCAGUGUGACUCUGGUGUUGGUCGAGGGAAGGUGUACGACCCGCAGCUCCCGGCGUCUGCGAUGUUGCGUCUCCCCGUGGUAUAAAGUGUCCAAGAGCUAAAACUGAAGCAAGUUUCGGAUCACCUUCGCCGUCUCGCCUCUUACGCGCCCAGAUUCGACCCGCGCAAACUAUCGACACGAAAACAAAACAGGAAAAGAAUUUUAAAAAAUACGCGAAGAUGGAGAUGCUUGAGCCGCUGGUCCUGCUAGCGGCACUCCUCCUGCUGGUGUUGAUCAUCGCCCUCACGCAAGUUGUGCUUGAUGGCAACCUCUUUUUGGGUUAAAAGGGUGAAAAUACUCUCAGAACGAGGGAGAAGAUUCGAAGCUUCGUUGGGUUCGAUGCUUCUCUAUCUUUUUCUUCAAGGACGGAGUGUGGACAUCUUUUAUUUUCAAUGAUUUCUAUUUUUAUCUUUAUGAUAUUUAUGAUAAUUUUUAAUAGUGAUGAAUGAUGGCACUUUAUAAAGCAGAAAAUAUGUUGAGCGUUGUUUCAUGACUUUGUGAAUAAAAAAAAAGUGAUCCAAUAAGGACGACUAAACAGUUUCUGGUAAAUAUUCUGAGAUAAAUUUCCAGCCGCCUCGUGUCUAUACACUUCACCGGUUUACGGAAGCGUGAAUGUGGAUAUAUGAAACGUGUCUGGUCGUGAAAUCUAAACCGAUCAGAAGCUAUGAAGUGGAAUGAGCAAAACGAACGCAAAGGAACUUAUCUUCGUAAAGGUCUGGCGGUGAAAUACCUUUCUCCCCCAUGAACAUGCAAACUUUUACUCGAAAUAUGGAAAUCUUAUUUCUGUUGCCGAAAAUGGAUACGCCAGUCUGCUGAAAGGGGAACGAGGUCCGCAUGGAGUCUGCUGGAAGAACGCUAAAAUGAUCCGAAGCCUAGCAGCGCUCACGUACCCGGUGCUCGUGCUGGCCGUGCUCCUGUGCGAGGCCAGGGAGAUGUCCCGGGGAACCGCUGGCAGGAGAUCGCAGCACCUGCGGGAAAACGAGCUUCACAGUCAAGAACAGGGGCUUCUCUGGUCUCACGAAUACGCUGUUAACGACGGUCCUUCGCCUCUCGCCUCCUCCUCUUCCCACGUCGUAAGGCACAGGCGAACGCAGCCACGCGCCUUCGACACCUUCCACACUCCACCUCUUCCUUCGUCCUCGUCCUCCAACUCGCCCUUCUCCUCGCUCUCGUUCUCCUUCAACACCAGCAGCAGGGAAGACUACAGCCUGGAGGAGAAAUGUAGUCACGAGCAGUUCAGAGACACGGUGAAGAAGCAGAAGGAUUAUAUCGACAACUACCUGACGCAGAGUUACAACGAUUCGCGAGAAAAUAUUACUAUCGGGUUCCUGUCUUCCUUCACUUACAAUAAGCUGGCCCUGGGCGCCCUCCCUCUGGCGGUCGAAGACGUCAACAACGACCGCAGCCUCCUGCCGGGGAAGCGCCUCGUCUUCGAGGUCGCGGACGUCGGGAACAGCAACCUGGAGGCGCUGGCGGCGUUGUCCAUCCGGCGCAUGACGACCAUGAGGGACAAGGGGCACCUGGUCUUCAUCGGGCCCGACGACAACUGCGCCAACGAGGCCCUGGUGGCGGCGGCGUGGAACCUGCCCAUGAUCACCUACUUUCAAAAGAUGUUUGGAAUUCACUUUGGUCCCCCUGUUCAUGAUUUUGAACGAGCACUCUCCAACUGUAAUUGUGAACGAUUAGACUCCAAUUUAAUGCUGAAUCACCGUCAUAUUUAA